AUGGGCAACGCCGGGAGCGCGGGCGCGCCGGAGCAGGCCAAGAAGCCGGAGGAGGCCGACGGCGUGGUCGGGGCCCCGCCGUCCACCGUGCGGUUCUUCCCCGCCGCCGCGCAGCACACGGCCAGGCAGCCGCCGCCGAUUAAGCUCGAGGGGGAGGACCUGCCGCCGCCGCCGCCCACGACCGCCGGCGAGGGCGUCGAUGAGGACAUGGCCGCCCCCCGCAACCUCUGGCAGGUGUACGCGCUGGGAGCGUUCCUCGUGGCGCGAUGGGGCUGGGCCAAGUGGAAGGAGAGCAAGGACCGAGACGACUCCGAGGAUGGCCAGUUGCCGCCACCAGCUGCUUCAUCCUAG